AGGAUCGUCGCUCGGCGCACGAGUCUCCUGGCAAAAGGAAGAAGACGCGGCCAGACUGGAAGGCCUCGCGGGUGGGUCCGAUGAGUCUAAUAUAAGAGAAAAGUGGCAUCACCGAGCAACGGUGUGCUGAAAGCGGCCUGGUCCAUGAGGCCCCUAUCCUUUGAGAACCUACGAAGGCUCGUAGGUCGCAGGAAGGAUCGCAACGAGCCCUCCUUUAAGCGUAGCGAGUCGUUCAAGAGAAUUUCGAUACGCAAGAGUUACUUGGAUCGUGGGAAACGUAGGAGCAAGCUUCAAAAAAGUACUAACGAGCUGAGCAGCAGCGCGGCGGGGGAGAGAAAUUCGCAAGCGGUCGGUAUCACCACUGUGCUACCGGAACCGGAUGUUAAGAAGCACGAUGCGGGAACUAUCGCUUACGACGAAUGGCUGAACGGCGUAAACGCGGCGCAGGAAAGCAGCAAGGAUGAGUUUGCCCUCUCUGCUCAGCAGCCCUCGACAAAGCAGCAGCAGGCCAAGCUCAACCAGAGCAAGUCCGACGUGGUUACGGCCGAGCUGGCCGUUUUAAAGCUCGACGACUCGCCGGUCUUUCUGCGCUGCAGCAAAGUACCUCCGCUCACGGCUAACGAAAGGGUUCACGAGGUCGAGGAGGAGCUCGAGGUCUCCCCGUCUUCGACCACCAACGCGCCAGAGGGUCCUCUGAGCGUUAGCGUGAGUCUCGGGCGGGUUUGGCGCGACGCUGUUCCAGUGCCGUACCCCGCGCCACCUGGGCCCUCGGCCCAUCAUUCCCUGGACAGUGCCCUUAAGGAACGCAAGCCUCAGCCCACGGUUGCCAGGACUAUCUCUGCUCCCGAGAAGAGCGUUACCAAGAAACCUUGCGCAAGCACUCCCGGCUUUAGCUUCUCUUUGUCCAUAUCGAGACUGGCUGAAUUCAAAACUACCAGGAAUGGAUUCUUUCGCCGAAAAACGCCGAAGCCUUCGCCGAGCGUCAGUUCCGACGGAUAUUUCAAGAGGACCAGUGUGCCCAGACAAUCCAGUUCGCGUAGACGCGGUAGACGAUCCUCUCGGAGGAAAUCUUUAAAAAGUGAAACAAGCAGGGCCGAAGAUCGUUCCUUGAGUCCCGUCUGGUUCGUCCCACCGGAACGACGUCGUUCCCGACGUCAGAGGAGAGUGUGGCGCGAGAUUCGUUACUUUCCCGUGGACGAGGAUUCUGCGGAAGAUAGGAUAGACGACGCCACCUCAAAUCUCUCCGACGAGUUUGACGAUCAGAAGCUCCUGCUGUCCGGGGACUUCAACGAAAAUCCGAAAAACGCUAUUUCGAAUUCUCACGAGGCAACGUCGUCCUCGCUGGACUCAUCCUCGUCCCGUUCAACUUGUCCGGCAGCGACGGUUCCGAAAAUCAGUGACUUCAACGAGGACAAACUCUUCUCCGAGGAGCUUCGCGUAUCCGGCGUCUUGGCGCACAGACGCACCUGGCAACCCGUACCUUCGGCCAGCAAUUACUUCGCCAGCCGACUGUUUUUAAACUUCCUCUCCAAGGGCUCGACCGAACGCGAAUUGCUCCCGGGCGACAGCGGCUACUACAUCUGCCUGUCGACCAGUGAAAGUGAACCGGAGGUCAACGGCUGUUUGGAGCAAGAAGAAAAAGUGGGAAAGCCGCCGAGGAAACAACAGAAACAACAGGAGCAGCUGCGUCGAAAUCAGCAGCACGGACCAAGACGCCGUCCUCUGCGCCGGAAAUCGCAAUUGCGUCGCGGCGCCGGUCAGCCGGUUUACCUCGUGCGCAAGUGCUCUUCCUUAAGGAGACGACCCAGGGACAUAACGCAAAAGGGAUACGAGAAGAAGAGGACCCGUCUACUUCAACAGUAUGCUUCCAAGCAGCAGGGUGAGUCCAGGGGUGGCAAUGGUGGAAGCGUCCUUGGAAGUAGCGUAGUAAGUGGAACAGGUUAUGGGAGCGGUGGUGGUGGCGGUGGUGGUGGCGGUGGUGGCGUUGGGGUUGUGGGAAGCGGUUCAGGAGGCGUCAGCGUCGGUGGACGUCCUCAGCCACGUGCGAGACGCACACAGCGCCGUGUCACGCACCCCGAAAAACGUUAUCACUCAGGAGGCCGGCUAGUUCCUGGGGGGAUCGCCAGUCCUCCGGGUUCUGGCGGCUCGACCGGAAACACCGCGAACUCAAAUUCGUCGGCCGCAAGACGCGGAAAUCGCAGACUAACGCGGAACGAGAGCCGCUACCACUCCGAGGUGCGUCAGGAAGCCGUGCAGCAGGCGCUGGCGGCCAUGCAAGGAAGGCCCAAGCCGUCUUUGCCGAUGCCGUCGAAGAGGACUUCGGUGAUGGCCAGGAGUCCCGAUCGCGAGCGCCGUGACAGCGGGGAGUCGAGCAGCGACGAGGACAGCGUGGUCACGGAGGACAGUCCUGGGGCCGGUGGACCAACUGGCACGGGACUGUCCGACACCAGCAGUACGGGAUCGGCCAGGGACACCCCGCCGCCACCCAGGCCGCCAGCCAGAAGACCACCAGCCGAUAUUACGGACAUCGCCGAGUACACUCCACAUGCCUAUUGCAAUAUUCAGCCGCCUGACGUCACGCACACGGCCCAGUCCAGGAGACCCGGCGCGGACCGUGUGAAUCGUUAUCACGUUGUGGAGGAUAACACCGGGACCACCGGCAGGUGGAAGGUCUCGGCGAAGAUACAGCAGCUUUUGAAUACUCUCAAGAGACCCAAGAGGAGGCCACUGCCUGAAUUCUACGAGGACGACGAUAUAGAGCUGGAGAUCGCGGCCAAUCCGAAGGAUCCGAACGCACCGAAGCCCGAGGGUGGCUCCAUGACGUCCGCAAUUGGCGAACAGCUGUCGGUGCCUUCGGGCUUGCCGAGAUCUCUCGAAGCGGCCAUACAGAGGUAUGGCUCUGCUUCGUACAAAGCACCCGCAGCUACGGUCCUCGAUCCUAAUGGGAAGCUCUGCGUUACUCUCACCUAUGGGAAGCUGCUGAGUCGCUCGCACAAGAUAGCUUAUACCCUGCUGAACAAAGCGUUGAGUCGUAGCGGGGACUGCUGCCUCAAGCCGGGAGAUCGCAUAGCUCUCGUAUAUCCAAACAACGAUCCUAUAAGUUUCAUGUGCGCGUUCUACGGCUGCUUACAAGCCGGCAUUGUCCCCGUGCCCAUUGAGGUUCCUCUCACUCGUCGGGAUGCGGGGUCGCAGCAGAUCGGCUUCCUCCUUGGGAGCUGCGGUAUCCAGGUAGCCUUGACGAGCGAGGCUUGUCUCAAGGGAUUGCCCAAGACGGCCGCUGGGGAGGUGGUGGCUUUCAAAGGAUGGCCCAAGCUACAGUGGUUCGUUACCGAACACCUUGGCAAGACUCCUAAGGACUGGCUGCCGCCUCCGAGACUGACCGACGACACUCCGGCUUACAUCGAGUACACCACCGAUAAGGACGGCUCUGUGAUGGGUGUGACGGUGACCAGGGCGGCUAUGCUCGCCCAUUGCCGCGCACUGACGAUGGCCUGUGGUUACACAGAGGGCGAGAAUGCCGUGUGUGUUUUGGAUUUUAAACGCGAAGUGGGCCUGUGGCACAGCACCCUGACUAGUAUCCUCAACGGGAUGCACGUCAUCUUCAUUCCCUACGCUCUCAUGAAAGUUCAUCCGGCCAGCUGGAUGCAAAUGAUUACGAAGCAUCGAGCCAGCGUUGCCGUUGUCAAGUCUCGGGAUCUUCACUGGGGACUUUUGGCUACCAAGGAUCAUAAGGAUAUCUCGCUGUCUUCCUUGAGACUGCUCCUUGUCGCCGAUGGCGCUAAUCCUUGGUCACUCUCCUCCUGCGACCAGUUUCUUUCCGUAUUUCAAGCCAAGGGACUUCGUCCCGAUGCCGUUUGUCCCUGUGCAUCCUCCAGCGAAGCCCUUACCGUGUCUAUAAGACGUCCUGGACGCGCGGGUGUCAACGCCACGGGACGUGGAGUUUUAUCCAUGUCCGGACUGAGCUACGGCGUCGUUCGAGUCGACCAGGAGAAUUCACUUACGUCGUUAACUCUACAGGAUUGUGGCCAGGUCAUGCCUGGAAGUGUCGUCGUCGUGGUGAAAAUGGAAGGGCAGCCAUUGAUCUGCAAGACCGACGAGGUUGGCGAGAUAUGCGUGCACAGUUCAGCGACAGGAAGCCAGUACUGGGGUCUACAGGGUCUUACAAAUAAUACCUUCAAGGUUUCACCCUCGCAAGCUGACGGUACUCCUAUCGGUGACGUAGAGUACGCCCGUUCAGGCCUUCUGGGUUUCCUAGGACCCGGUGGUCUGGUCUUCGUCUGCGGCUCGCGCGACGGCCUCAUGACUGUCACUGGUAGAAAACACAACGCGGACGACAUAAUCGCCACGGUCCUCGCAGUGGAACCCAUGAAGUUCAUUUAUCGCGGAAGAAUCGCAGUGUUCAGCGUCCGGGUGCUUCGUGACGAGAGGAUAUGUGUAGUCGCCGAGCAGCGACCGGACUGUAGCGAAGAGGAAAGUUUUCAAUGGAUGUCCAGGGUCCUCCAGGCCGUGGACUCCAUCCACGCGGUUGGGAUUUAUUGCUUGGCACUUGUCCCACCGAACUAUCUACCCAAGACGCCUCUUGGCGGUAUACAUCUAUCGGAAACUAAAAGACGCUUCCUGGAGGGUGCUUUGCACCCUGCGAACGUGCUCCUUUGCCCGCACACUUGCGUCACCAACUUACCGAAACCUCGCGAAGUGCAUUCGGCGGGGGAUUCUGUUGCAGACGUGGGACCAGCCAGUGUCAUGGUGGGGAACAUCGUCCAGGGUAACAGACUGGCUUCGGCCCAGGGUCGCGAUAUGGGUGUCCUGGAUGAGGAUAGCGAUAACGCUAAAAAGUACCAGUUUAUUUCUGAGAUUCUUCGAUGGCGAGCUAUCAGCACGUCCGACCAUCUGAUCUUCACGUCUCUCAAUGCCAAGGGCGCAAUCGCAACUUCACUGACUUGCUCGCAGCUUCAUAAAAAGGCUGAACGCAUUGGGAAUCUACUUCUCGAUCGUGGUCGUAUCAAUACUGGCGAUCACGUUGCCCUUAUAUUCCCACCGGGUACGGAUCUUAUUUGCGCCUUCUAUGGGUGUCUUUAUGUCGGUGCUGUUCCGGUUACGAUCAGGCCGCCGCAUCCUCAAAAUCUUCAGACUACCUUGCCGACUGUUCGCAUGAUUGUGGAUGUCAGUAAAUCUGUCUUGGUAUUGUCCAAUCAAAACAUCUUAAAGCUCCUCAAGACAAAAGAAGCUAACAACGUCGUGGACAUAAAAAGCUGGCCAACCACCUUGGACAUGGACGACAUGCCAAAGAAGAAGCUUCCAGUAAUGUACAGAGCGCCUACUGCAGAGAUGCUCGCCUAUCUAGACUUCAGCGUGUCCACAACUGGGAUGCUGGCCGGCAUCAAGAUGUCUCAUGCAGCAGUGACUUCCUUAUGCCGUGCUAUGAAAUUAGCAUGCGAACUCUACCCAUCCCGACACAUUGCACUGUGCCUUGAUCCUUACUCUGGAUUAGGUUUUGCACUGUGGUGUCUUAGCAGUAUAUACAGUGGUCAUCAUUCUAUACUCAUACCGCCGUCUGAGGUGGAAGCCAAUCCAGCACUCUGGUUAUCAGCUGUGAGUCAGUCCAUGGUCAGAGACACCUUUUGCUCUUAUGGCGUGAUGGAGCUGUGCACAAAGGGUCUGGGUUCUUCGGUUCACGCUUUGAAAGCUCGCGGAGUCAGUCUGGCAUGCGUCAGAACCUGUGUAGUGGUUGCUGAAGAGAGGCCACGAAUCGCUCUGACAACCAGUUUCAGCAAAUUGUUCUCAGCCCUUGGUCUAAGUCCUCGAGCAGUGUCUACGUCCUUCGGGUGCAGAGUGAACACAGCAAUUUGCUUGCAGGGUGCAUCGAGUCCGGAACCGUCGACAGUCUACGUAGAUUUACGAGCACUCCGGAACGACCGAGUUUCUUUGGUGGAAAGAGGAAGUCCUCACUCUCUAUGCUUAAUGGAAUCCGGAAAGCUACUUCCGGGUGUUAAAGUGAUAAUUGCCAAUCCGGAAACUAAGGGUCAGUGUGGUGACUCCCAUCUUGGUGAAAUAUGGGUACAGUCCUCGCACAACGCAAGUGGCUACUUCACCAUUUAUGGCGACGAGAGCGACUACGCGGACCACUUUAAUGCACGUCUCGUUACUGGAAAUACUGGAGAAGUCUAUGCCAGGACAGGCUACCUAGGCUUCUUGAGACGCACCGAGAGUGUGCAGCAGUCGGCUGUCGGCGAUGUUCCUAGUGAAAGUGUUACCAUUGACCCAGACGUUCCUCCGGCCGAUGCUGAACUCCACGAUGCCGUUUUUGUCGUCGGGGCUCUGGAUGAGGCUAUUCUACUCAGGGGAAUGCGAUAUCAUCCUAUUGAUAUCGAGAAUAGCGUAAUGAGGUGCCACAAAAAAAUAGCCGAAUGUGCCGUUUUCACGUGGACGAAUCUUCUGGUGGUUGUCGUGGAACUAGAUGGCAGCGAGAGCGAGGCCCUGGACCUGGUGGCUCUGGUUACAAGCGCCGUCCUGGAGGAGCAUCAUCUGGUAGUAGGCGUAGUAGUCGUCGUGGAUCCAGGAGUGGUGCCGAUCAACUCACGUGGUGAGAAGCAACGUAUGCACCUUCGCGAUGGUUUCCUGGCGGAUCAAUUGGAUCCCAUCUACGUGGCGUAUAACAUGUGAACGUCUGGGAAAGCUCAAACUUCCAAACUCCCUGAUAUAUAGUCAUGGGAUUAUCGUCGCUGUUAUAAAUCACCAACAUUUACGGACAAGGCUCAUUUGUCUUGAUCCGUAUAUCAUCUGAAAGGAGACAGACUCGUCUACUAAGAUAAUACUUUUGUCCGAUUGUCUUGUCCUCUGGCUGAUAAUUCCAACGUCUCGUAGACGCCUGUUAUGCCUCCCUGGAUACAUUUGACUUGCGCGUAUCUCUUACGUAAGUUACGUAUCGUACAUGAGAUCCGUCGUAAUUAGAUCAGCCGAGGGAUUCGUUGUCGAAAUUUUUUAAAUCGACAAACAGCCGCUCAACAUUGAACACGCACGAUAUUCUUAAAAGCAUUGGUACACGUUUUAUUGUACAAUUUUGUCAAUUUCUACACGUACGAAAUGCCGUUCGGUUUACCGUAAAAUGUAGUACCGAGUAUCGGACAGUCGUUUUACCUUUUAUUUUCUUCUCUGAGGAGUUCGCAGGAACCGACGAAAAAUUCUGACGAUUAACCUAGAUAAUUAUUAACUCAAGAUUCGCGACUUGGCAUAUACUAUCUUUUAAUAGGAUAGUAUAGCAUAGUGUAUACAAAUUACCGAGCAUGCGUAUAUUCAAAUUGCGAAGAAGACUCAGUUUUUCCUAUAUAGAAAUAUACAUUGUAAAUCGUAUACAAUGAACAGCCUAUCCGGUAGCGUAUGGUCAAGUAAUUAUUCAAAAGUUGUGUAUACACGUUCGACCGGUUCUUGUAUAAAUAGUGAGACAAUAAUGAAAAAAAAAAAAAUUAAAUUUUCAUUAACACGUAGUCACAAGAGAAGCGCCACGUAAUUAGUUAUAACGACAAAGCGACUAUGAAUGAACACAGUAAUUCUUCACAGAAUUGACUGCAGCAAAUUUUCGUUGACACUUGCAGUAUUAUCUUUAACAAUGAAAAUAUUAACAAACACGAGCAGGCAAGCGAUGGAACUUCUAUUGUUGGAUGCCUGCUUAGAAAAGACUGCAACAGACCCAUGUAACACGUUACGUACGUAACCGAGAAGAACACAAAAGAACCUGGGACUCCUUCAGAGAAUACAAAAAGACUAUUAUUAUUAUUAUUUACUGCUGCGCUAUUAUUAUCAUUAUCAUUACUACUACCUAGCACUACUCACUAUUUCUACGACUACUAUUAUUAUUGCUACUCCUUCUAGGAUAACUUACCGAGAACAAGAAAUGCGUUAGAUUUUCACCUGAGUAUGUGCACAGUCGAUGCGAAAAGAAGAAACGAUUAUUUUAAAUCAAAUAAGAUAUAAGUAUCAGAGAUUGUGCUCGUACAGCGUAUAAGGAUGCUACCUUCUGUUCGGAUACCUCGUCGCCGUAGGCGCCAGUAUUAUUAGUUUCUCUCGAGCAGUCGAUAUUAUAAUCAACUGACGUAGGAAUGCUCGAUACCAGCCACUGUGAACUUCCCAUUAUGUCGCGCCCUUGUUACGUAACCGUGCAAGGACAAAAAGUGAAAACUGUUCACCGUGGCUGGACAGGUGGACAUUAAGUCGAGAAAUCAGGCAUUAUCCAACGUACGGUACUUUUAUUUCUUGACGUUACAUACAGAAGAUUCGUUAAGACCAUUUGCAAAAAAAA